UGGUCUAUACACUGCAUCAACUCCCAUAACAGCUCGCAGAAACUACACGACUAUCACUUACUUACAGAAUCAUGGAAUGGGCCAAGGACUGGGUAACGGAUAAACUCGCCGGCUAUGCUGCCACUGGAAUACAAGCUGGUGGGAGUCUAGCUGGUAAUGCAGUCGGCGGCGUGGGCUCGCUGAUUGAGAAUACUGGUCGUUCAGUGGGACAAAGUGCGAAUGGUUCGUGCACCACUUGCCAGUUCUUCCUACUGAUCUUCUGACUACCAGGUAUCGCAGGUGCUGUUGGCGGCGUGGGGAAUUAUAUCAACGGCUAUGGAGAAGCUGUCAAGAACUCGAUGGCUGCGGAUGGACCUGUUGGUGGGACUGGAUAUGGUUCUGGGGCCAAGAAGACCGCUGUACAGCCCAGCAGUGCUGUGAAAAAGACUGCGAAUGGGACUUCCAAAACGACUGCUACUGCAGCCUCUGCUGUUAAUGGGGCUGCGAAGAAGAGUCUGCCUUCUAUGCCCAAAGCUCUCCCGGCGGCCGGUAUGCCUUCAAAACCACCGCCUGCUACAACGAAGCGCGUGCUGCCAGCCAAGAAAUCUAUACCUGCUGCUGCCACUGCAACAAAUCCUCCGAGCAAGCCCGCGCCUGGCAAAGGUACACCUCCGAAUGCAAGGACCACGUUACCGAGACCACCGAUAUCCACUUCACGAAGUGAGCGAACAGCAGACGGUAAGGUGAAAGUCUCGGUGAUGAGUCGACCAUAUCCUGUCAAAGCGACGCCUGCAAGCAAUGGACCAGUAAGACCGGCGUCGGCUGCAGGUUCAGCGUCUUCGCGGCCGUUGCCUGCACGAGCGCCUGUGUCUACGGGUCAGAGUCCUAGGAGAGGAGAUGGCAAGAUCAGGAUAUCGCCAGAGAGUCGACCGAGGAGUGUGAAAGUGUGAGGAAGAGUGGAGAGCUAUGUGCGCAUCUUCGGUAUACACAACCUACUGUAUCUUAGGAGGUAGUAUAGGUUCGAAAUCAUCGUUCAAUGUCAAAUCCUGGCGUGUCCCGGCACUACCUGUC